AUGGUUUUCGAGUGGCAAGACGAGGGCAAGUUCCAUCGAGUCCCCAAGCUCGAGCCCGGCCCGCCUAAUGUCUACUUUGGCGAUGUUUUCUCAACUGCAUCUAAGGAUGCGGCAAACCCCUUAACUGGGUCCUUCUUUCUUCUCGAGAAGCUGGACAACCCCGACCCGGCUCCCAAGUAUGACUACGACGAGAGUGGUGUGGUAUUGAAGGGCGAGUUGCACAUCGCGGAUGAAGCGGGCAACACGGCUAAGCUGUUGCCUGGUGAUACCUUUUUCAUCCACCGCGGAAGCACCAUCGUGUUCUCCACCCCUCGUUUCGCCGUUGCUUACAAGGUUGCGGCUCGUCAUACGCAUUAA